AUGUCGACGAUGUCUGUCAGGCUGUCGUCCGAAGGCGGCUUCGCGCCGAUGCACGACGAUAACGUCGCGCCGUCUUCCGCCGGCAAGAAGAAGAACAAGAUGCCCCGCGCGGACCGCCCCGGCGCGGACAGCCGCGAGGACGACGCCGGGAUGCGCGUAUCGGUCACCUGGGAGCGGGUGAACCCCGACGCGCGCGCGCCCAUGAGCGACAUCGACAACGUGAACCUCCCGGCGGUCACCCCAGCGUCCCCCGCCAAGCUCCCGCCGCUCCGCGACGCACCCGCGCCGCCGCCUCCCGUCGCCGUCGCCGCCUCCGUCGCGCGUGCCUCCGCGAUGGACCUGGACGAAACGCCCGUGACCGGCGCGCCCGACAAGGACUUCGAGACCCUCCUGCGCGAGCAGCUCGCCAAGGAGGAAAGGGGAGGCGUCGGCGGUGGAUCCAAGCACGCGAAGACCCCGCCGGGAGCCACCCCACGGUCGGCGUCCGCGCGCAAGUUCCUGCGGAAGGGCGCGAGGAUGGAGAGAACGACGCCCCCAGCCGCCAAGCACGGAUCAGCCGCCGCCAAGCACGGAUCCAAGCCCCGCGCCGCGUUGGGAUCCAAGGCCACCUCCAAGCCCUCACGAAGGACCGGCACAUCCUCGUACGCGUUCGACGACUCGGAGCCCGUCGACGUCGAGACCGAACCCGCGCCCGCCGAGCGAGGGGACGCGAGCGACGGGCAUCCGAUGUCGCGCGAGGAGAACGAAGCCGCCGAGCUGGCGGAGUUCGAGGCGCUGGAGCGCGAGCUCGCCGUGGACCCCGGGCCGGCUCGAGCGACGUCCUCGUUCGUGCCGGCGGCGCAGAAGGCGGCGGGCGGCAAGAAGUCCGCGGUGCGAGUCGCGGCGGCGCGCGCGUCCACCUCCGCGGGUGGCUUCAAAAAAGUCUCCGCCGCUUCGACGCCGCCCGACGUCGACGACGACGCGUCGGACGAGUCGGACGGCUUCGCGGUGGAGGACCACUUCGGCGGCGCGUCGCGGAGGACCGCCGCUUCGAUGAGGACCGCCGCUUCGGCGCCGCCCGUCGCGUUCGACGACGACGAGGAGUUUAGCGAGGAUGAGGAAACCGCCGUUCCAAUUGGCGAGAGUUCGUACGCGAAUUACCCGGAGGAUGACCACUUCCGAAGGGCCGACGACGACGACCGCGUUAAACCGCGCGUUUCCAAGACGGACCACGCGGCCGCCACCUCGGACGCGCUCGCCUCGUCCAAACCAGGCGACGGCGCUCCCGCGCUGAUCCAGUCGCUGUUUUACGGGAACGAGAGGCGUCCGGGAAGCCGCGUCGGGUCCAGGGUGACGACGCAUACGACGGAUGCGGCUAAUGCGGGUAAAAAGACGGCGCCCGCCAAGUCGAGGGACGCGGAAGGGGCCAUGGCCAAGGCCGAGGCCGCCAUGGCCGACGCGACCGAGGCUAAGGCUGCCGCGGACGACGCCGCCGCCAGGGUUCGGCGCGAGCGCGACAGGCUGGAGCGCGAUAAGAGCUCGUUCGCGCAGGAGAAGCGCGCCGCCGCGCGAGAGCGACAGACGUGGGAGAAGCAACGAGCCGACGCGAACGCCGCGAUGGCGCAGGAGCGCGAGGAGAUCAAGGCGGACGCCGAAAGGCUCAGGCGGGACAGGCAGAGGCUGGAGCGCGACUCCAAGCGGGUCCUGUCCGCGCUUCCGACGAAGAAGGAGCGAACAGAGAUUGAGGACCUCCGCGAGAAGCUCGCCAGGGCGCGGGAAGACCAACGCGCGAAGGACACCAAGCAGCGGCACACCGUGGACAGGCUCCGCGCGCAGAUUGUGGACUUGCAGACGGAGGUUGCGGAGCUCAAAGGGGAGAAGCGCCGGCUCGAGCAGCAGAUCCUGGACGGCGGUAAGGAGGCCAAGUAUGGCCAAGUCGAGGAGGAGGAGGAGGAGGAGGAGGAAGCGGAGUUCGAGCGGAAACGACGGGAACUGCGCGAGAGGGAGGCUGAGGAAGAGGAACGCGCCGAGCGCCGACGCGAGCGCGAGCAGAAGAUGCGCGAGGACCGCGAGCGCGAGCUCGAGCUGGACCGCGAGCGCGAGCUACGCGAGCGCCGCAAAGCCGAGAAGGCGGAGAAGGAGAAGGCGGAGGCGGAGGCGAGGAGGGCCGAGAAGGCCGCCGAGAAGGCCGCCGCGUCCGCAUCCGCGGGCGGCGUCACCGCCGCCGAGGCUGCCGCCGCGUGCGGGCUCCCCUCGGUUCACGACCCCGCGCCGCGCGUGGGUCCCCCGCCUUCAUCCGAUCAUCAUCGGGGCGGCGCCGACGAGAUUGCGCACGACGACGGCCGCGUGGAGCGCGUCCUGCCCGGGGGCCGACGCGUCGUGCACUUCGCCAACGGAACCCUCAAGGACAUAUCUCCGUCCGCGAACGGCCCCAUCUCCACGGUGUACUUCACCAACGGGGACGUCAAGCGGACGCAUCCCGGGGGGAGGGUGGAGUACUUUUACCGGGAGGUUGACACGUGGCACACCACGCACCCGGGCGGGAUCGAGGUGUACCACUUCCCGUCGGGUCAGACGGAGGCGCACGGGCCGGACGGGUACAAGGAGAUCCUGUUCCCGGACGGGCUGCUCAGGAAGGUUCAUGCCGACGGGCGGGAGGAGGACGAGGUGCUCAACUGAGGACCAUUCCCGGUCCGGUUGGCGAUUUUAUUAUCCAUAAGAGUUAGACUUGUGAAAAAAGCAACAGGAGGUGAAU